AUGGCUACAUAUCCCCAAGACACACACAACGAUAUCUACCCUUCAGACCAGGGCCAUGACACCAGCAAAUCAAACAGCAAAGAAAAGGUUCCCUUGGACAAUGAGAAGAGUCACAUCGACGACCUUCACUCCGGCCACAAUGUCCCCGUUGUCGACAACGGCUUCGGAGGCGGCGAGGGCGCAAAGAAUUUCCGCAACAUGUCAAAAUGGGAUACCACAUUCGCCCUACUAACCAACCAAGUUGGUCUCGGUGUUCUGUCCUUGCCCAGUGUCCUCAAGACCAUGGGUAUCAUCCCUGGCUUGAUCGCAAUUAUUGGCAUUGGCCUCUUGUCUUGGUACACUGCCUUUGUUCUUAAGCAGUUCUACGGAAAGCACCCUCAUGUUGUCAACGUGGUUGACAUGACCCGUGUUGUCGGUGGACGCAUUCUCUACAUCAUUGCUGGUAUCGGUCUCAUGGUCCAGGUCAUCAUGACAGCCGCUUCAGCCAGUGUCACCCUCUCCAUCGCCUUCAACACCAUCUCCAGCCACUCGGUCUGCACAGUGGGCUUCAUUGGCAUCGGCUGUCUCUGCUGCUGGGUCCUCUGCGCGCCCCGUACCUCCAAGUUCGUCUCGCAGUCCGGCAUCCCCUGCAUGGUCUCCGUCAUCGCCGCCUCGCUCCUGGUCAUGAUCUCUCUCGGGGUCAAGAAUCCCACAGCUGCGCCCGCAGACUGGCACAAGGACAUCAAGAUCGUUGCGAACCCCGACUUCCGCUCCGGUCUUAACGCCUGCCUCAAGAUCUGCUACGCCUACUCCGGUAACAUCAACUUCGUCACUUACAUGGCUGAGAUGAUCGACCCCGUCAAGGACUUUGGAUUCGCCCUGGGCAUGCUCGAGGUUGUCUCCAUCUCCUUCUACGUUAUUGUCGCCAUCGCCAUCUACUGCCUCGGUGGUGAGUACACAGUCUCGCCUGCUCUCGGCUCCGCCCCAGAGAACAUUGCCAAGAUCGCCUACGGUAUCGUCCUUCCCGCUAUCCUGUCAACCGGACUUGCCUUUGGCCACACAGGUAUCAAGUACGUGUACGUUGUGGUCAUGAAGCGCUUCAAGCUCCAGAGCGAGAUGACCGCCAACAACGUCCGCUCCUGGUCCAUCUGGAUGACCAUCGUGACUAUCUUCUGGGUCCUCUGCUUCAUCCUCUCCAACGCCAUCCCCGUCUUUGACUCCAUCUUAUCCAUUGCCUCGGCCACUACCAUCUCUUGGUUCACUUUCGGCUUCAGCGCCGUCUUCUGGUUCCACAUGAACUGGCACCAGAUGUUUUCCAGUCCCACUAAGAUUGCGUUGACUUUUGUCAAUGCUUUCCUUAUUUGCAUUUCGAUCUUUAUGAACGCGGCUGGUCUGUGGUCAUCAAUUACGGAGCUGUUGGAUCUGUUUGCUGCGGACUCGAGUCAAAUCCAGGGCGUGUUUUCCUGCGGUAGCAACUCCAUAUUCUGA